AGACACACUAUAGUGCAUCGCAGUUAGCGCAUCGAGCUGCGAACAAAUAAUUUACUUAUUGACCCCAACUCAACGGUUCAAGUCAGAGUACAUAAAAUAGGUUCAAGUUUACGAGGGCUCCUCCCUUAUUGGUCAAAAUGUGACGCUGUCAAGAUGACAUCGUUAUUGAUUAAUUUUGUCCGAGUGCCAUAAGGUCCUUGUGGGACUAUAAGUUUAUGUUUUUAUAAUAAACAGAUAUCAAGUGCGUGUUGUAUAAAAACAAAGAAAAAGAAAAUGGGUAUUGAAUUUCGAGAUUUAGAUAAGAAGUCAAUAGACGAUAGUGAUACUGAUUUCAGUGAUGAAAGUGGGGAAAUGGGUGUCCUUGAUACGGAUACUGACGAUUAUGAAGAAGGUGAGCCAUCAAAUAUGGAAGAAGCAGAAAACGAAACAAUCAGAUCUAAUAGUGAGUUAGAUCAAAGUGAUGAUGAGGAGGAUGAAGUGGUUAAAGCUAUCAAGGUAGAGAAAUCUAAACCAAGGGAUCAUCCUCCCGCAAUAACCUGCGAAGAUUUUAUUGUUGAUAUGUCUUUUAGUCCAUCUCACAAUUUAAUUGCUUUAGCAAACAUAAUGGGUGAUGUAUUACUAUAUGAAUAUAAUAAUGAUGAAAACAAAUUGUUAAACACUUUGGAGUUACAUGUUAAGGCUUGUAGAGAUAUAGAAUUCAAUGAAGCAGGUGAUAUAAUUUUUACAGCUGGAAAAGACAAAGCAAUUAUUGCUACUGAUGUAGAAACUGGAAAAUUAAAGCGCUGUUAUGAAAAUGCGCAUGAAGAACCAGUUUACAAGUUGUUAUGUUUAGAAAACAACAAAUUUGUAACAGGUGAUGAUGGAGGAACUGUUAAACUGUGGGAUCUCAGGAAACCGGAUCCAUUUUUAAGCAUAAAAAUUGGUGAUGAACAUGUUUCCGACAUGAUAACAAAUGAAUCUGAAAAAUAUUUAGUUUGCGCAGGUGGCGACGGAGUUCUAACAUCCAUAGAUUUAAAAGGCAGUAAAAUAUACACAACCUCGGAAGACUAUGAUUCAGAGUUAACAUGUAUGGGACUUUUCCGCUCGGACACCAAAUUAUUGGUAGGAUCAUCAAAAGGAAAACUCUACCUAUUUAAUUGGAUGGAGUUUGGUCUGCACAGUGAUGAGUAUGUGGGUGAGAAACAUUCACUACAAUGCAUGGUUCCAGUUACACAAAAUAUUGUUGUGACAUCUGGGGAAGAUGGAAUUUUAAGAGCAGCACAUAUGUUUCCUCAAAGACAAUUGGGAAUAGUGGGCCAACACAGCUUGCCUGUUGAAUGUCUGGAUAUCAGUCAUGAUGGACAGUACAUAGCAUCAUGUUCUCACAAUAAUGAUGUAAAAUUUUGGAAUAUAUCCUACUUUGAAACAAUUGACUCGCUUAUUGAUGUAAAUCAUAAACAAAAUAAGAGAAAGGAUAUGAGCAACAAUCUACCUUCAAGUAGCGUAAAAAAUGCCUCCGACUUUUUUUCGGGUCUUGUGUAAAUUUUUUUGUAAAAAUAAAGUGCAUGUAGCUGUUAUUAUGCCGGGUUUAUAUAUUAACUGUUAAUUACAAGAAAACAACUUAUUACAUACUUAGAUUUCUAGAAAACUUAGAAUUAAAAAUGUAACAUUUAUUUCGCAUUGCAACAAAACUGUUUUUUAAUGCGAGAGAAAUAACGAGAGAUGAUUUAUGGCAGUAGGGAAUAAGUAGAC